UUAGGCUGUGACCUCAACUCAACUCAAAACAACAAAGACAGCGUGCAAGACUUUACGUGAAAAUGAAGGGUCCAAGAACUCGUUACUUACGGGUGACUGAAAAAGAGGUUAUUCCUGUUGAAAUUCAUAGUGUGAAGAAUUCUAUGGAAGAUGGUUAUGAGGAGUGGCUUAGAGACAGACAUGUACAGGAAAUUUUACAACUGUUGCAUGGAACUAUUACAACAUACAUAGAGAUGAAGAGAAACAAACAAACUAGUAAUAAACAGCUACAGAAACCUUCAGAUAUUGUGACAGGAUCAAGUGUAAGAUUUGGAUAUAUGUUCAGAUCAAGACCUGCCAGUCAGAUGUGUCUCAUUGAAGAUGGCCUUUCCUCGGAACUCUCUGAUAAUUGUAGUCUGAGAAGUUUCCAUGUGUUGAAGGACAAGCUGGUAGUGUUUGCACAUCCUCUCAUACCUGGUAGUCCAAAUAGAAUGUCACAGUUGAUGAAAGUUCUGAAUGUGAAGCGACAGUCAACUGGGCAAAGUGUCAGUAUCAGCAGUUACUUCCAGAAGAUCCCUACCCAGACUGUGCCGCAAACUAUUCUUAGUUCACAGGAAACAUCAGGGUCACAGUCUACUGUAAAUUCAGAUAUAGGUGUAGCUGAAUCUACUUCACAUUCCCAGAAUUCUCAGGAAUUGACUGCUAAGGAGAACCAGUCUGUUACAUGUAUACCAGAAGCACCUCCUAGUGAGGGACAUAGAAAGAAAAUAAAAAAUAUAUUAGAACGAGGUGAAAUUGGACAUUCCAAAAGACGAAAACGAAGACCACUUAAUCCAGCAGAUCAGCAAUCGAGGGAAACAGGUAGUGUGAACAAAAACAAUGCUGAAGAUAGUAAUGAAGACAAAGUGACUUCAGUAAGAAGCAGACUUCAUCAGUCAGAUCAGCAGUCUAAAAAAAUGAAACAGCUGAAUGAAAAUUGCUCCAAUGAAAUCAGAUCUGAGCAUUCUGAAGAAAGACAUACUGAAAAAUGUAGAUCUGUUCAACUGGACCAGGAGUCGAGAAAACGCGAAGUUGUUAAUGAAAACAGUGUGGAUAUGUGUGAUCAGAGAGUUUCUGAAAAUAAUGGUAAAAGAGAACAGACAAGUACGAAAAUGAUAAAAAAUAUAACCGUGACAGCUUGUCAGAGUCCUCUUAUUAAAAUAGACUCAAAAGAGUCUUUUAUGGUAGGUGAUGUUCAGGUUAGUUUAGUAGACAGCCCUGUUGUGAAAAUAGAAGAUGAAAAAAAGGAUAGAGGAGAUUCCAUAACAUUAAUUAGUUUAGAACAAAUGAAUGAUAUUCAGAGAGAAAAGGGAAACAGUCAUUCAAACUCAGAUCAGUAUAUGAAUAACCAGUCUGAUUCUGCUGAUGACACAUUAGAGAACCAGUCAGAGCCUCAGUUUGAUUCAUCCAAUGAAAUGCUUGCACUUCCAUCAGCAAGCUUUUGCACUGAGGAAGCUAGACGAAAAUCAAGUGCAAUAGAUAUGAAAAGACUUAAGAAUUACUUAAAGUCGUAUGAAGCAGAUGUUGACACUGAUUUGGUCACAGAAUCACCAAAAUUUAGAACUCGCAAAUCAGAAAAAGAGAAAGGCAAUGAUGAAGCUACUUCUGCAUCAGUUGAUAAAUCAGAACAUGAUGAAAUUAAAGUAGACAAGAUUAGCAGUAUAAAGCCAGAAAUGUUGGGGCAUAAUAAAGGGGAUACUAAAACAUUGCAUAAACAAAAAUUUAAAAGAAAAUUUCCAACAUUUUCGGAUUCUGAUUCUGAUGGAAGCUUACCAGACAAGAAAGCUAAAAUCGGACCAAGCAGUGAGAAAUUUGUGAAUUUAGAAAACAUGAAAAAAACUUCAAAAAAGAUUCAAAUAUCAAACUCUUUCUUUUCUGGUGAAGGUGGUAAAGCUCAACCAACAUUGUCAUUUUUCAUGUCAAACAAGAAAUCUUUGACCAAUAAGAAAUUAUCUUCAGCAAAAUGGCCUGAAGCAGGAACGUCAAGGGAUAUAGAAGAUGAAGAUGAUGAUGAUAUAGGUGAUAUAGACUGUGAAUUGAUUAAAGAACUCUCGGACUUUCCAAAAGUGAAAAAUGAAGCAGAUGUUGAAUUGAAAAACGAAAUUAGGGCAAUAAGUUCCAUUGGGAAAUUGAAUGAAGAACAUCUUCAGUAUCUGAUAAGGAACAAUGAAAAAUAUCUUCGGAGCAUAUUUGAAGGGAAGGUCGCUUGUGAACGGCAUCAGGCAUAUAAAAAAGGUGGAAAGAGCAGAAGGGACUUAAAUUAUAACUCAAGACUGGGUCAGUAUACAGAAGAACAAGUGGACACAGUGAUGGAAAGUCUUAUUGCCAUUUUCUGUAAAAGACAUCACAAGUAUUUAGAUUACAUAAUGAAAGUAUUACUACCAGAGAUGUUGAUCAAGGUACACAUGGAUAUACACAGUACUAGUCAUGAAGAGAGUGAGAGAAGUAUAGCAUCUAAACAAAAGACAAGUCCAUAGGAACAGAACUGGACAAAGAACAAAAGCAAGGAAGAAAAUACAGGAUGUUUGAAUUGUGUGUUAUGUUCCACAAAGUACACUUGGCAAGUGGUGGAAAAUAUUUAGAACAGGCUACUUGAAUGUUGUUGGGCAGAACACAAGGUUGCAAAGAUAAGAUUUUUUGUGGUCUUUUUCAAUGAAUUAUGAAUCUUUUAUUGAAUGUAUAGUUAGCUACUGUGAAAUCAUUUAGUUUCGGGGGCAUGAAAGUUUGUGUGGUUUGGGUCAGAAUAGCUAUUUCCUAGGGACUUGAAUUUGUGGGUUUCAAGUUUUGAACAUAAAAUGAAUUGGACAUUUACUAAUGUAAGUUUGGAUUAAAUUUUUUUGGAUUGAUUCAAUCUGCAAAAAAUAGUCCUCCACAAAUAGAAAUAAUUUCACAGUAUUUCAAAGUUUGAGACAUUUAGGUAUCCAGGUUGUAUUAUGUUUAUUGUGUUUAACCUUUAGCCUGCUGGCGGCAAGUAACCCUUUGAAUAAUAAGUGGUAUGGCCCAGAUUGAUGGACCAGUCCAUUGUAGAAAUAUAGAAGGGUAAAGGUUAAUGAAAUUAUGGACUGUUAUCAUAUACCUAACACAAUUAAAACACAGGUUGAAAACUUAAUAUGUUAAAACUGCAAUAUUAAAAUGUAGUAAUGCUGUAUCAGUUCAUAUUCAUAUGCCAGUAAAUGCAUCAAUUAUGAAGUGGAAAUAUGAAAAAAAAUCAUUUAUUUUGACUGAUUUUGUAAUGUGAGUAAACUGUUCUACACUUUUAAUUAGAAUUGCAACAUACUAUUAAAAA